AUGCCGACGCCCGAUGAUGUCGUCUUGCCAGCGGAGCACGAGCGCGCAACAUGUCCACCAGAUGACACACAUACUUCGACAGCGCAUGAGGAACUGAGCGAUGUCCACGAAAGCAGUGCCAGCCAGGAUGUUGACUCUGCGCAACGCCUGCGAAUGCUGCAACAGCCCACGCCGCCGCCACAUGGCACGCGCGAUCAGUCGCCCGCCGAGACACAUAUCAAGCCAUCGAGCGCAAGCAUAGAAGCACCGAGCAGAGACAUACCAACGCCAACGACGGUGACCGACGAUAACGCCGAAGACCAGCGCGUGUCCCAGGCCUCGCCUCUCUCUGCCACUGCGCCGGCGCCAAUUCGAUUCAACUCCAGCCAUCUGGCUGCUCCGUAUCCUGCUCAUCGAUUUCUCCCCAAUUCGUCCUCCUCACUCCUACGCCCUGGUAGCCGGUUCAAGGGCAGCCAAACCUCCGAUCGCCAGCAGUAUGAAGUGGAUGUUGAAAUCAAACAUGUGGAUAUGCGCGAGUCAUUCAUGUGUGGAUACCUACGCAUACAAGGCCUGACCGACGACCACCCUAGUUUGACCACAUACUUUGAGGGUGAAAUCAUUGGGAAUAAAUACUCGUUCGUCACACAACAUCCUGAAUGGGGCUCGAACGAGAAGGUCGACCGACAACAUUGGGCGCGGUUCCCUGCAUACAAACCUCUUUCGAAGCAUUCGUCGCGGUCAGAGACAAUCUCCAAAGAUUGGAUGCAGAAGGAGCAUCUGUUCAUGCGCUGGAAGGAGUACUUUUUGGUGCCAGACCAUAGAGUUAAGACUAUCAGUGGUGCAAGCUUUGAAGGCUUUUACUACAUUUCGUUCAACCAAGUCUCGGGCAGCAUCGAGGGUAUCUACUUCCAUGCAAAGAGCGAGAAAUUUCAGAAGCUUCAGCUGAAGCACAUUGAUGAUCACGGGUGCCACGGCACCUAUGAAUUCUGUUGA